UGGGAAGGCGCGCGCGCAGGUAGUGAUAGUUUUCAGUGAAAACUCGUGAUUUUUCUGUGAUUUUAAGAGCAAAAAGGUUGUGUUUGACUAUCCAGUUCAACAUGUUGAAACUUGCAGUAGCUUUGGUGUCUGUGGCGAUCGUGGCAGCCCACCACGAUGUGGACGAGAAACACUCCGCCACGGUGUUCCUGUUAGGCACCGAUGUGCACGGGACCAUCAACUUCAACGAGGUGGAGGGUGGGAAAGUCAGGGUGCAGGGCACCAUCACCGGCAUGCCCGCUGGCGAGUACGGCUUCCAUGUUCAUGAGAAGGGAGAUGUUAGUGGAGGCUGUGCAACCGCUGGAGCGCACUUUAACCCCGAGAAGGUUGACCACGGCCACCCCAACGACAAAGUUCGCCACGUGGGCGACCUCGGCAACGUGCGGUUCAACGAGCAAGGCGUCGCCGACAUCGACUUCGUGGACAGCCAGAUAUCCCUCCGAGGGGCACACAGCAUCAUCGGCCGCGCCGUGGUACUCCACGAGAAGGCUGACGACUUCGGAAGGAGCGACCACCCCGACUCGAGGAAGACUGGCAACGCAGGCGGUCGGGUGGCGUGCGGCGUCAUCGGAAUCUUGUAGGAGCCUUCCCUCUUUUAUUUUUAAUUUGAACUGCCUACCCUUUUGCCAUAUUCUAACCUUAUUCUGUAGUACCUUUUUGGAAAGCAUUAAGUCCUUUGUGGAAUAAGCUACAAAUUCGUAGAACAUAACCCCGUAGUACUCUGUAUUCCACGAAAACUCAAAGUGAACAACUGCAAGAUGAGUCUUAAAAUUAACCGUGUGGUCAAAUUGAGUUUUAUUAGUCUUAAAUGCUUUUUAUUAUUAUUAAUUUUUAUUACCCAUGACACGAGAUUAUAAAAUAGAUAUUUACGUCAAAAUAUUUAAUCACAAGCUUGUGUUAAAGUAUAUUUUUUCUUAUUUUACAUUCCUUUAUUACUAACACACUAGAAUGAAUCAAUAUAGAAAAUAAUAUGUCAAAAAUUUAUGUGAUAAACCUUUUUUUCUUUUGGAUGAUUCAGUAUGAUAUUAUUAGUGUAAGUACCUUCCUAAUCGAGUACAAUUUAAACAUAGUUUUUAUAAUGUAGAGACGAUGUCAAAUGUUAGUGACUUGACUGGUUUACUGUGAUGAUUUCGCAAUGAGCCAGUAACCAGUUGGUCUUGUUUAGUAUGAUUUAUAUCAGAACUAGUUUUGUAUCGCCAAAGUAAAUAAAAGUUUUGUGUACAA